AUGGGGGGCCUUUGCAGGAUCCGAGGGCCGAGUGCGGGCAGAGGAGGGCGGCUGGGUCACUGCCCGCUCACCAAGCACCGGAGUGGCCACGCGGGGCACCUGCAGCCAGGUAGGGGCCGAGGGCGGAGCCGGCUCUUGCCAUGUGGCUCUCAUCCCCACGGGCCCGCCUGCGAGCUGGUGCCUCCCUUGCUCCUGGAAUGUGCACAAAGGUCUUUCCCUGAGUUGUCCAUGGCUAUGGCCGUGGCUGUGGCCGUGGGUGCCAGGCCCCCUGGAGUGGGAAGUAGUCCUGAGGCCCCUGGCACCUCACUUUCAGUGACAGCAGGAUGA